AUGUCUGUUCUUUUGUCGAAUGAAAGCUCAUCCUUUUCUGUGAGCUCACCUGUGGCAGGGUCUACCUUUUCUUUAAAGCGCCUUAAAGGGCGAGAAGCAAUAUCAGAGCUUUUUUCGUUUGAUGUUCUCGUUGCUUCAGAAAACGCAAAUGUGGACUUGUCACAGUGCAUGGGAAAGGAUAUGAGCAUUACUUUUUCUGCCUCUGGUAGUGAAAGCAAUGCUGAUGAACGUUACUUUCAUGGCACUGUGGCACGUGUGUCACAAGUGGAAAUUGAAGAAAAAGACAAGGGGAACGUCAGCUAUUAUCGAAUGAUUUUAAGGCCAAAGGCUUGGCUUUUGACUCAGUCAAAGUCAUAUCGGAUUUUUCAAAAUCAAACAGCGGCGCAAAUUAUAAAAGAUGUUUUGAAUGAAGGGGGUGUGACGGAUAUUCAAGAUGAUUUGCGUUCAGCAGGUCAAACAACACGCGAAUAUUGUGUUCAGUAUGGGGAAAGCAAUUUUGACUUUAUUUCUCGUUUGAUGGAAGAAAAAGGAAUUGCUUAUACAUUUUCCCAUGAAUCGAGCCUCCAUAAAAUGAUUUUGAUGGAAGCUGUGGGAUCCUAUCAAUUUUCUACACGCUCUCAAACAAUUUCUAUUUCUAAAGCACAGAGUGGCGCGUUGAUUUUUAAUGAAAUUAUUGAGUGUGAAGUUCAUCAUGGAAUUACGUUAGGAAGCGUGCAAGGGGUAGAUUAUAAUUUUGAAAAUCCAAAUACAGCAUUAAAGUCAACCUCUCAAGGAGAGAGCCAGAUUGGCGGUGAGUGGAUGGAAUAUCCAGCAGGCGUUGAUCAUGAGCAAAAAGCAGCACAAAGCAUUGUUGAUUCGACCUCCGACUCUAUCAUCAAUGCGGCAGAGAGCACCGUUGAUACCUUAACAGGGAAUUCAACGUGUCCCUUUUUUACGGCGGGAAAAAACAAUUCCUGCAACAGUAUUUAUACAGCUGCAAAAAGCACAUCACGCCCUCGAAUUUUUGGCUCCCAAACAGCAAAAGUUGUCGGUCCAGAAGGAGAAGAGAUUUGGACCGAUAAAUAUGGUCGUAUCAAG